AUGAUUGGACUUCCAUUAGAUGGUCACGACCUUAAUACAAAAAGAAGAAAAUGGUCAAUUGUUGGAGCAACAAUUGUACUCAUAACAUUAAUUAUAUUUUUUUCGACAAAUUUAUUUAAUUAUUUUAAAAUUAUAAUUACAUCUAUACCAAAAGAUGAUUCUAAAAUUUGUCCAUUACAUGAAAAAAUUAUUCCAGAAUCAUUUUUUAAAGAUAAUUCAACAGUAUUAAAAAUUUUAAAUGAUCCAAUUUAUAAAAAUGAAUCUAUACAAAGAUUAAGUGGUGCAUUACAAAUUGAUACUCAAAUUUUUGAUCAUCAACCAGAUGUUAAAGAAGAUCCAAAAAUUUGGAAAAAAUUUGAAAAAUUUCAUAAUUAUCUUGAAGAUACUUUCCCAUUAAUUUAUAAAAAUUUAAAAAUUGAAAAAGUAAAUACUUAUGGCUUGGUGUAUACUUGGAAAGGUAAUAACCCCAGCUUAAAACCAACUUUAUUAUUAGCUCAUCAAGAUACUGUACCUAUACAAAAAUCUACUUUAGAUAAAUGGACUUAUCCACCAUUAAGUGGAACUUAUAACCCCCAAACAGAUUAUAUAUAUGGUAGAGGAGCAGCAGAUUGUAAAAAUCUUUUAAUUGCAAUAUUAGAAACUUUAGAAAUUUUACUUGCAGAUAAUUUUAAACCUGAAAGAUCUAUUGUUGUUGCUUUUGGAUUUGAUGAAGAAAGUUCUGGUUUAGUUGGAGCUCAAAAUAUUGGAAAAUUUUUAGAGCAAAAAUAUGGUAAAAAUAGUUUUAAAGUUUUGCUUGAUGAAGGUUUAGGUAUAAAUUUAGAUCCUUUAACUGAUACAAUUAUAGCAAGUCCUGGAAUUGGUGAAAAAGGUUAUAUUGAUAUUCAAAUUGAAUUAAAAACUCCUGGUGGUCAUUCAUCAAUACCACCUGAUCAUACAAGUAUUGGUAUAAUAUCAGCAUUAAAUGUAUUGAUUGAAAAAGAUCAAUUUAAACCAAAAUUAGGUGAAAAAAAUCCAAUUUUUCAAUAUUAUCAAUGUUUAGCAACUCAUGAUUAUAAAGAUAAAAUUCCAAGUUUCUUCAAAAAAGUUAUUUUAAGAUCUGGGUUUGAUAAAUUUUCAAAUUCAAAAUUAAUUAAAUUUAUAUCAUCUAAUCGAUUAACAAAAUAUUUAAUUCAAACUUCUCAAGCAAUUGAUAUAAUAAAUGGUGGUGAAAAAGCAAAUGCAUUACCUGAACAAACUAAAGUCUUGAUUAAUUCAAGAAUUGAAGUUGAUUCAAAUGUAGAUGUUGUUAAAAAUCAUUUUACUGAAAAAGUUAUUGAAAUUGCAAAAGAAUAUGAUAUAAAAGUAAAUUCAUUUGGUAAAAUUGUUUAUAAUCCAAAAACUAAUAUUUCUAAUGGAGAAUUUAAUAUAUCAAGUAUUGGAUGGUUAGAACCAGCACCAUUAUCACCAACAAAUGAUAAAGUAUGGCAAUAUAUAUCAGGUAUAACAAGAUUUAUAUAUGAAGAUUUGGUUUUCCCAAAUAUAACUUACCCCAUAAUUACAGCACCAUCAAUAAUGACUGGAAAUACAGAUACAAGAUGGUAUUGGAAUUUAACAAAAAAUAUUUAUAGAUUUACUCCAAGUUUUAUGGGAGAUUUUAUUGGUGGAUUGGGAAUUCAUUCAGUUGAUGAAAGAUUACCUUUUAAAUCUCAUUUACAAUUACAAGCUUGGUUUUAUGAAUUUUUACAAGGAAUUGAUGAAAAAAAUGUAGGUGAAUAG